AAACGUUUCGUACAUUUAUCUUCGUUUUUCAUUAAGAAAACGCGUUUUCUUCGCAAGUUAUUCAGUCCGAGAAGAGAGAGAAUCAAGGCAACAAACAGAGAAGAUGACCCCCCAAAUCGAUCGAGAAUUCUAAAAGGUUCUUGAAGUAACAGACUGAACCUAAAAGUAGCAGGACAGUCUUCAAUGGGAUAUGUUGCUCUUACAAAAGAUCGUAUAACAGAUUGGAAAACUGUAGUUGUCUUGCUUCACUCUACAUGAGCACGAGUUUUGGUUUUUUUGGUUAUAUCUUAAAGCAUAAGUAAUAGAGUAGUUGGAUUGCAAUGGAUAACAUCAUCAGUGAGAGCCUGCUUCGUCCCAAUUGGAGAAAAGUCGCAUAUGGAGGAAUGCAGCCUGGGUUUGAUGAUAAUCAUACUGACGAGUCUUUUCUUGAAGAUAUGGUCAUGAAUGCUAAUGUUGUUAAGCGGGACAUUCUGAAGGUGAUGCAAGACUCAGUUUCUAUCUCUCAGUAUCUGUGCAUUGUUACUCUUGUCAGCUUGGUUUGGGCUCACACCCUUCAAUCAACCCUUGAUGAAAAUUCCCUCUUGCUCCUUGAUGCAAGCCUUUUUGGAUCAGGUUUUUUAGUUCUUCUUUUAACCAAAGAAAUGCGUUCCUUGAAUCUACUCUUCCAUUAUAUCCUCAAUAUCUCUUUUUUCACAACUGGGUUAUACAUGUUGGCUCCUAUUUAUCACCCUCUCACAAGGUCCAUAAGCUCGGACUCCAUCUGGGCAGUUACUGUUACACUUGUCAUACUUCAUCUCUUCCUGCAUGAUUAUUCAGGAUCGACCAUUAAAGCUCCUGUGGCCCUAAAAAAUCCAAGCUUAACCAGUUGUGUAUCUUUAAAUGCUUCUGUUGUCGCUUCAGUUUUUAUUGCGUCUCGCCUUCCAUCAAGGCUGCAUGUAUUUGCCAUCAUGCUAUUUUCCUUGCAAGUCUUCCUUUUUGCUCCAUUUGUCACUUACUGUAUCAAGAAAUUCUCCUUCCGCUUGCACCUUGUGUUUUCUUUUGGGUUGAUGGCCGUGACCCUGGCUCUGGUUUAUACACUGCACCACUUACUUUUCAUGCUACUGCUUGGUUUCUUGGUGUUUAUAAGUGUUGUCUGUCCUUAUUGGCUCAUAAGAAUUCAGGAAUACAAGUUUGAGAUCAAUGGCCCUUGGGAUGAGGCUAAGCUUUGUUUCAAUGUAACAGAUUGAGAUUCUUUGAUCUCUGGAUGGGAUUGAUUGGAAAGCAAUGAGAUUAAAUUGCUCAUGAAAAAGGGGACUUGGUUCACUGUUUGUUUUGCAGGACGAUUGGUUCAUAAUAUGUAGGGGAAUUGUUGUGGAAUUGUUGAGGGAUUAAAUGUUUGAGCUUUGAUCAUUAGUCAGGUGUGAUAGCAGUCCAGUUUCUAAUUUAGUCUCAUCAAGGAUGUUCAUGCAGAGGUAACCUCUAAAGUGUUCUGCUUCUCAAAUCACACACACUCAACAAUGCUGCUGUGUUGCCAACAUCUUUUGAUGCGCUAAUUUUUUCACAGUUAAAUCAUUGAGGAUCGAUCCUCUGUAUUCUGGAGGCUUUCAGUUGAUUAUGCAUGGUUUAUAGCUGUAAACCCCAACUCCAUUAGCAAACGCGAGACUGGGUAUUUUGGAGUUAGGGUUAUGGAGUUACAAUCAUAGUUUUUUGCAACGAAUGGGAUUUAUUUAGGUGAAUGGAGUCAUUUCAGUUC